UCCUGACAAGACCGUAAGACUCGCACUUCUCUAGCGCCACAGCUACUUACAAAAGUUUUUCUUCUGGGCGCAACAUCGAACUAUUUCUUCGACGCUCGCAAACGGUUCAUGUCCAGCAUACUUAUUAGAAAGUACUUACUUUGUUUUUUUCCGCGACAGAACCGCAUUUUUCCAUGAUACGUAAGUACAGUAUUUUCAAAUAAGUCCUAAAAAGCAAAAACAACACGAAUACAAAAUGACGAGUGCUGGCAUUUUUAACAGCUCCGACGUCCAUGAUCCACCUGAUGAAAAUGCCCUCACGACAAGUGUGUCUGGGUCAUCAACUACUACAUCGCAACAUCACCAAGAUCAAGAUCAUGCUCUCCAGUACCAGUCUCAACUCGAGUUGAAGGACCGGCAGCUUCGAGCGGCGGAGGGUGUGAUAUGACAGUGCACCACUCCCGCUCCCCCUCAUUUCUUGUCAUGCAAAAUACAACCCAGUCCACCCAUUGCCUCUUGGCACUGGUUGCAUGGCAAGAUCUGGUAGCCGAAAUAGUAUCACACUCCAGUGCAUCAACUGGAAAUAUGUCAUGCAAAGCCGCGCACUCUUGCUGAGUUGUAAGACACAAAUGAGGGGGAGGGGCGGGAGUUGUGCACUGUCAUAUGCGAACGAUUUUCUUCAAAACCAGGUGGCGCGUUUCUUUGCCCAGCACGAGGAGGCAAAGAGGGAGUACGACGCUUUUUUCGACACACAGAAAAAACAACAAGAAGUAUAUGAGGUGGAACUACAGCAACGUCUUCACGUGCUAGUAAACAGCGCACCAGGUGGUCCUCGACGUGCUGGCUGUCGUCUGGAAGAACAAAAUGGAAGAGCCUCGUCAGCAGGAGCAAUUACGACAUCCGCGUCUUCAUCAUGGCCCACAUCCGGAGGUUCUUCGAGUUGUAAUAACGCUGUGAAGAUGAACAAUGACACGGGCGAGCAAAACAUUUUUCAACAUCCCCAGCACCUACUUCUCGCGGCCUCUCCCUCGGGCUCCACUACGGCUGCGGCCCCGACACCGUCUCCACUACAGCAGGUUUCGGUAAGGAGAAACACGGGGGAACUGCGACAGGUUGAAAAUAUUCUUGAACCCGUCGGGCUCAACAUGCGGCCACAGCUGGCAAGAACCUCUUGUGUUGGAGCGAGGAGAGGGCACUUGUGUGAGAACGAUGAAGCGUUGAGAGUUGAUUCUUCGAUAGGAACCAACACUACAAGAGCCACGACCUCAACAGCGCGGACCGCAGCCAGCUGUAACUCAGAAGAACAACUUCUAGGUGUGCCUGCAGCUUCAUCCCAGCAGGUCGUGGUCACAAGAAUUUCAGCACGAGCAGAACAAACGACAGGACCGAACAACACAGCAACUCUUAAAACAAGCCUGAAGCGGCCACGGGAAGUAGAAGAGGAAGAUGAUGUUGUUGCAGCGGCACCAUUAAUAUUGGGCACUAGUUCAUCGGCCGAAACAAAAUCUUGGGACGAACCACCACAACAACAAUUGUUGGGAGGAAAAGGAAAAAGCGAGUUGAGCUUGAAAAACACCACGAGGACUGCAGACGAAGUGAACAAGGAUGCUUUGAAAAAAUUUAAGCGGUAUGCAUCGUGAAGAUGAAAGUAACAGUAUGUCGAUUGUAAGUAUUAUCAAAGUUUUAUUUUCCGCCGCACGAGCUGCACGACAGGGACAGUACGAGUUGCAUUCACAAAACAGUUAUACGUAAAACGAGUGAAAUGAAAAUGAAAGUACAAGUAGCUUCUUGCGUAUAAAAAUGCUCCGUUUAUUUUGCUGAAUGAAUGCAGGUUAUGAUGAAAAAAUAAAGGACCACCGACGCCAUCCGAAGACGCGUCGUGGAACAAUAUUUCAUUUGACUCGCAGCUUGUGGGGCGCAUGAUCCGCAUGUAGUCCGAUAGUAUUUUUUUUACUUUUUCAUCUUUUUCACUGCAUAGGCAAACUUUGUACGCUAUCACACAGAAAAGAGCAGGCAGGUCAUAUUUGUGAAGCAAAAACAAAUACACAGAAAUAUCCGCGCUGCAUAUCCUACACAGCAUGCUAUGGGGCCGCGCAUGACAAAUUUUUCUUUGUAUUUAUUUUUGCAUUACAAACUACAUGCCCUGCUAGCUUGUUUCUCUGGGAUACACGCUAUUCUUGACAGCUGGUCGGUUUGGGACGUGACGGCCUCGUAUGAACAGAAAAAUCCAGAAAAUUCUCGCUAGCCUGACACAUGGAUACAGGUACAGCAGGUUCUCAUGCAAGUUUUUACAAGAGGAAGAGGGACGAUAUAACAGAUUUGUAGUUGAUGCGCCCGCUGGCGGUGGCGGCACCGUGGUACGAUAUCGAUAAUCGCAUGUAACGAUGGGCGUGACGCAAACGCAUGCAACAGGAGGUAUAAGGACUGACAGGUCGUGUGAUCAAGACUGACAGGUCGUGUGAUCAAGAACGUACAUGGAGCAGGCAGAUCAAAUUUUCGAGAUGAUAUUUCGCAAAUGUUUGAGCAUUAUCAAAUGCAAAAGUGUCUGGGUCUGGAAGAUUCUGACACUUGUCAUGCACGUUUUGCAUGGACCCUGAUGUCUGUGAUGCGUGCCCUAGCGUCACAGAUUUUUUGAGAGCUUCUUGAUGCCUAUUCCGCAUGACAAAUGCCCUCUCCGCGUAGGGCGUGGAGCGGGUGUCCACCUAGGGGUAUUGGCAGAGGCUAAAUCUGUUCUAACGCCACGGUAUCGGCAGAGGCUAAAUCUGUUCCAACGCCGCCCAGACAGGAGUUAAAGGUCAACACACACACACACACACACACGCGUAGCAAAAAUUACAUUCCUUUUGGUACUCAUGCAAUACACAUUUUUCUGGAAUCCAAACGCAGCAUCACAAGUUGCAUUCUUCCAGACCCAGACACUUUUACAUUCGAUAAGCAUUUGCGGAGGCACCCGGGGGACACAGAAACGUCGUCUUCUAUGAAGACAAGCGAUAGCAACAGAACUACUACAACGCCACAACCACGAGAGAGCUGUGCAGCAAAAGGUCGGGAUGGAAAUAAAGACGUGGCAAUCAACAACAACGACCCAGAAGUCAACAGGAGCACCUCGUCUCUGUCCACUGCCGGUAACAAUGUUGCAGGUGAAAAUAAAGAACGCAAUCUUCAUAGCGAGAAGACCACCAGCAGCACGACUUUGGUGUCGUCCUAUCAACAUCAAAAUUUUAUUUCCACCUCUGGCGAGCAACCAGCACAGAAGAUUAUGGCACCGCCAGGAGGUCCUCCUGGAGUAGAUGCGGCAAAUAGAACAUCUUCCAAACUACACGAGGGUGAGCUUGCGGAAGAACCUCCAGCAGUGGUGGACCUUUUUCCCGAUGUGCAGACGGUGAUUGCGUGCAUGAAAACCAUCUGCGUCAAGAACCCCGAGGUGUUUUCGUUUUGCGAGUUCGAUUUUGAGCGUGUUCGAAAUGAGGACCACAGCUGCGGUCGGCACGAAGAAGUGGGGAACAAGGUGGCCACGUCGGAAAGUACUAGAAUUAGUAGUGCAUCACACUGCUCCGGAACGCCAUCGAUUCCCCGCAAUGCGAUUUUGAAGGUCAGAACCGGUUGAGGUGUUGGAGGUGGUGGUCGGAAACAAUUGUAUUAUGUCAGCGAGUGGUCAGUGGCGCAACAGCUACUUUUAGUCGAUGGGACCAUCGGUUGUUGAGUAGUUCUUAGCUCUCAACAGAAAGUGCUCCUGCACUGAGCCUGAGCCUUGUUUCAGCUGUACUAGUCUAGCAGCAGCUUGUCACAAACUAUACAGGGACGUAUUUCAUCAUCUACUUUGCGGCCAUUCAUAGUGGAAAAAAUGAAUUUCAGAAGUCGUUCUCGCCGUCCUGCUUUCACUAU